UAUUCACACCGAGAUCAAACAUGGCUUCGCUGUGCCGCUGCCUCCGAUCUGCUGCUAGUUUAAAGUUGCUUCAGUCCCAGCCAGUUUGUGCUGCAGCAGUUCAGAAAAGAUGGCUGAACCUUCACGAAUACCAGAGUAAGGAGCUGAUGGAUUCCCAUGGGUUGGCAGUACAGAGGUUUCUCAUGGCAGAGAAGGGUGGAGCCGAGGCUGAAGUAAUUGCCAAAAAACUCAAUCCUAUAGAAUUUGUCAUCAAAGCCCAGAUAUUGGCUGGAGGCAGAGGAAAAGGCACCUUUGAUAAUGGUUUCAAAGGAGGAGUCAAGUUGACUAAGGAUCCCAAAGAAGUUGGCGACUUUGUAUCUAAUAUGGUAGGACACAGACUUAUGACGAAACAGACUCCACCAGAAGGUGUGUUAGUACAGAAGGUAAUGAUAGCCGAAGCAUUUGAUAUUGAGGACGGCAAGGAGAGAUACCUGGCUAUUCUCAUGGACCGUGAAAGCAAUGGUCCCGUGAUAGUAGGCAGCCCAUACGGAGGAAUGGACAUCGAGGAGGUGGCUGAGAACAAUCCAGAGGCGAUAUUCAAAGAACCAGUGGACAUUAUGACUGGUAUCACAGAUGAGAUAGCAGAAAGGAUGGCCACUAACUUGUUAUUUGAAGGAGAUAAUCAUAAACAGGCUGUUGACCAGAUAAAGAAGAUGUACAACAUGUUCAUCCAGAUUGAUGCAACACAGAUAGAGGUGAAUCCCAUUGCAGAGACAACACAGGGCAAAGUCAUCUGCUUUGAUGCCAAAAUUAAUUUUGACGACAGUGCAAGGUUCCGACAGAAAAAAUUUUUCGAUGCAGAAGACAAAUCUGAGAUGGACUGGAGGGAACGUGAAGCUAACGAGUCUGACCUCAACUACAUUGGCAUGGACGGCAAUAUUGCAUGCUUAGUGAAUGGGGCAGGGCUGGCAAUGGCUACCAUGGACAUAAUUAAGCUGAAGGGCGGGGAACCGGCCAACUUCCUGGAUGUGGGUGGCGGUGUAACGGAAAGCAUGGUUGAAAACGCAUUCAAGCUCAUCACAAAAGAUUCCCAGGUGAAAGCCAUCCUUGUGAACAUAUUUGGAGGUAUUGUGAACUGUAAGACUAUUGCUGAGGGUAUCACUAACGCUGCCAAGAGCAUUCAUUUGCAAGUCCCCCUGGUAGUAAGAUUAGAAGGCACAAACGUGGACGAAGCUCGUAAAAUUUUAGAUGCCAGUGGUAUGAAAAUAAUUUCAGCUACAGAUCUGGGAGAUGCUGCGGAGAAAGCUGUGGGCAGUAUAGCUUAGGUUGUGUUUUGAGGAUGGAGAGUUUACAGAAAUAGUUCUCAGUGCUUGUUCAAAAGUUCAUUGAACUGUUACAGACUUUAUGUGGAAAAUGAAGAAAGACUUGAAGAUCUUCCUCAGGUGUAGAGUAAAUAUCAUGGUUGGUGGGAAUAUUUUCAUGUGGGACUCAUUAUCCACGUGCUGUCUGCAUGGAUGAAAAAAUAGACAAUCCAAGUAAUAAAUGGGGUUUGAAAUAAUACUGAUGCUGAAAUGUUGGGUAUUUUUAUAACAACUGUAUACAGUUCUCUCCAAAGCUGCCAUAUUUAUAUUUUAUUUCAGUUGAAACACAAUAGGAGGCAAACAUGUAUCCAUUCGGUCCUUCUUGUAAUUAUAUAUAAAUGACUGGCUUUGUGAUUUAACUUAUUGCCAUUUGAUCAUGAUUUCUGCAUUUGAACAGUUCUUUGUCAGAAAUACUGCAAAUCAUGAUCCUCUAACUCUUAGUCGUAAUGCCAGUGGGUCGUGCUGUAUUUUUAUAAGCUUUUGGCAGAACUCUUAUAACGAAUGUAAGUAGGGUUGCAUUCAGUCAAUAAAAUACACAAUGUUUCUUUAAAUAUGUUU